AUGCAUGGGUAUUACUCCGACGAUGAGUUCGAGUGCGAGACUUGCAGCCGUGUUUUUUCUUCCCAGCAUGCUGUGAACCAGCACAUGAACGCUCUGGGUCAUCGAGCUCCCAGGUUCGAGUGCGACACGUGCUACUUCAGCUCCUUCUCGCAGUCCGUUGUAAACCAGCACAUGUCGGACGAGGGUCAUUGCGAGCACUACUGCAGGAGUUGCCAGCGACAAUUUCAGAAUGACAACAAUCUGCAGAUGCAUCUCAAAUCGAAGAUCCAUCUUGGCCAAAAUAUCAAGUGCCCCUUCUGCAAGGUCGCCUAUACAACGGCCAGUGGCGUGACGCACCACCUCGAAACGGGCUCUUGCCCUCGCGCCCCCAAAGCUAAUCGUAGAACUCUACGUGAUAUGAUCCGCCAGCGCGAUCCUAAUGGCAUCAUUUCCAACAAACUGCUUGAAUGGCAUCAGGACGAAGAUGCACGAUACGAUAUCACCAAUCGUGCCUACAACGGUAGUGGCUGGGAGUGCUAUCUAUGCCACAGGGAGUUUGUUCAUAGCCGUGCACUGAAUCAGCAUCUCAACUCGCCAGCCCACCAGCAAAAGGCUUACCAUUGCCCCAAUGGCCGAUGCGGGAAGCAGUUUGUUACCCUGGCUGCUCUAUUCAACCAUCUUGAAAGCGAAACUUGCUCUUUCAUGCGCUUUGAGCGAGUCCAGCAGGGCGUGACUAGCGUGCUUCGAGGAGACAGGCUUAUUGCAUUCUAG